CACAGAGUCGGAUUUGUGUGAUUAAGACGCAUUAUUAUCGGCAUUAAAUGUCGUUAGGUAAAGUACUUUUCUUAACCGCUGUCUAGUAGAUCAGCAUUUUAUCGCGAUCGCACGUUACCUGGCAUAAUACAUGCUUUUAUGAUGAGUGCGCGUAAAAAUUGGGGAGCACAUGAAGCCAGGAAUUAAAAGAUAAGUGAAUCGGGACAGAUCGACUUGUUGUUUGGGGUGUGAACAUGUGAAAACCACGGCAGGGGUAACACCAUAGGAAUGCGGCGGAGCAGAUGGUCGUUGUAACGCAGUUGGGACGGCUGGCUGCCGGCUGGCCAUGCGGGGGAAAACAGGCCAGCCAAGGCUUUAGCAUAUCCCCAAAUAUGAGAAGCCACCGUCGGACUGGCUGCUGCGCGUAUAAAUCACUCUGCUGUCGCGAUGUGGAGGAUUUCGUGGAGCGGUUUGAAAAAAAAAAAAGAGAAAAAAAAAUUGUCGGAAUGUAAAUGGGCCCCGUGUGUUGUUGUGUUGUGGAGGAGGGAGGCAUCAGGGGAAGCAAGGAGUUGUUGCACAUUUAACAGCUCACUAGCCAUUUGGUCUGUCCCUUUGAGAGAAAGAGAGGAGGAGGAGGAGGAGGGGGGGGGCUGCAAAAGUUGUGUGCACCCCCUCCUCUCCUCUCCUCUCCUCUCCUCUCCUACCCCCCUUCUUUCUUUGUGAUGGCACCGGGGCGGACUUGUGGUGGUGGUGGAGGGAGGGGAAGAAGAGGAGCAGAGGGGCUCAUUUGCAUCUUAUUACCCCUCGCCUGCUGGCCCGGUAUAAAACCCUGUGCAGGGCAGGAGACCCAUCAGACAUACGCACUGUUAAACCGAGAGCGGCACAGAGACACGGAGACUUCAGGAUCAGCAUAUCAUUAUAAAUCAAGUGGGAAAAUAAACAAGAGAGCUGCUCCGUCUCCUGCAACGACUGACUGGAAUUAACUCUUAUAUUUCCAUCGAGGGAUUUCACUCACGCUUCUCCAAGAGGAUCCUUCUGCCGAGGAUUACUUUAACAACAUUUUCUUUUCAUUUUUUUUCUUUUACUUUUUUUUUUUCUCUCUGCCUCGUAUGGGAAAGUAGAGGAGGCCGACGAAAGGAAAAGUUCCACUUCACCUUCUCCUCCAGCGCGUCAACGCUUCACCUUGACUGUGGCAUAACGGAGAGCUUUCAAAACCUUCUCCAUGAUUGUUUGAGCCGGGCGACACGGACCUGCGGAGCUUUCACUGCUUGUUGAAGGGCUGUCAACACAAUGGGACGCCUGUGUCUGCCCCUGGUUGUCAUCUUCUCUCUGCUCACCUGCCAGGUUUUGUGCUCCGGAGUGUUUGAGCUGAAGCUGCAGGAGUUCCUCAACAAGAAAGGCGUACAGGGGAACGCGAACUGCUGCCCGGGAGGCGCCGCUCAUCAGCAGGGCCAGCAGCCGCAGCCGCAGCAGCAGCAGCAGCAGUGCGAGUGCAAGACUUUCUUUCGGGUUUGUCUGAAGCACUACCAGGCCAACGUCUCCCCCGAGCCUCCCUGCACCUACGGCGGGACUGUGACCCCCGUCCUGGGCUCCAACUCUUUCCAGGUGCCGGAGACAAACGCGGACAGCUUCACCAACCCGAUCCGCUUCAACUUCGGCUUCACAUGGCCGGGGACGUUUUCACUGAUCAUCGAGGCUCUGCACACAGACUCCCUGGACGACCUGACAACAGACAACCCGGAGCGUCUGAUCGGCCGGAUCACCACCCAGCGCCACCUCACCGUGGGAGAGGAGUGGUCCAAGGACAUGCAGACGGCCGGCAGAACCGAGCUGCGCUACGCCUACCGCUUCCUGUGUGACGAGCACUACUACGGCGACGGCUGCUCGGUCUUCUGCCGGCCCCGGGACGAUGCUUUUGGCCACUUCACCUGCGGCGAGCGCGGGGAGAUCAUAUGCAACUCUGGCUGGAAGGGACAGUACUGCACUGAACCGAUCUGUCUUCCCGGCUGUGAUGAAGAACACGGCUUCUGUGACAAACCCGGAGAGUGCAAAUGUCGUGUGGGCUUCAGUGGGCGUUACUGUGACGACUGUAUCCGUUACCCGGGCUGCCUCCAUGGCACCUGCCAACAACCCUGGCAAUGCAACUGCCAGGAGGGAUGGGGCGGGCUCUUCUGCAACCAGGAUCUGAACUACUGCACACACCAUAAGCCCUGUCUUAAUGGAGCCACCUGCACCAACACCGGCCAGGGCAGCUACACUUGCUCCUGUCUGCCUGGGUACACAGGCGCCAGCUGUGAGACCCAAGUCAACGAAUGCUCUGGAAAUCCCUGUCGCAACGGAGGCAGCUGCACUGACAACGACAGCGGCUAUAAGUGCACCUGCCCGCCUGGUUUUUACGGCAACAACUGUGAGUUGAGCGCCAACACCUGUGCAGAUGGGCCUUGCUUCAACGGCGGGCGUUGUGCCGACAACCCCGAAGGUGGAUACUUUUGCCAGUGCCCGAUGGGAUACGCCGGCUUCAACUGCGAGAAGAAGAUCGACCACUGCUCCUCCAAUCCCUGCCUCAACGGUGCAGAGUGUGUUGACCUGGUGAACUCCUACCUCUGCCAGUGUCCUGAGGGAUUUUCAGGUCCGAACUGUGAGGACAGCAGCAGUGUUUCUGGACACUGUCUGUCCUUUCCUUGUGACAACGGUGGGACGUGUCAGGAGGGAGUGAACGGCUACACCUGUACCUGCCCCCCAGGAUACACUGGCGAAAACUGCAGCUCCCCUGUCUCCCGCUGCCAUCACAACCCCUGCCACAACGGAGCCACCUGCCACGAGCGUGGCGGUCGCUACGUGUGCGCCUGCGUGCCUGGCUACGGCGGUCACAACUGCCAGUUCCUCUUACCAGAGGCCCCCAAGCGUCAGCCGGUGGUGGAAGGACCGGAUCGGCGGUAUUCUUCCCCAGACAGUGAGAGCGUUGAAUACGAGGCGGAUGACGACAGUGGAUUCCCCUGGACGGCCGUGUGCGCCGGCGUCUUCCUCGUUCUUGUGAUCCUGAUCGGCUGCUCAGUGCUGGUGGUCUACAUUCGGGUCAAACUGCAGGAGCGGCACAGUCACCAUGGCGACAGUGUCCACAGUGACAGCCACGAGACCAUGAACAACCUGACGACCACCAACAAUUGUCUCCGCAGUGACAAGGAGCUGGGCACUCUGAUGACAACGUCAAUUAAAAACACCAACAAGAAGGCAGAUUUCCAUUCAGACCUCGGCGGGUCACUGGGUGGUCUGAGCGGAAUCAGCGGCCUGAAUGGGUCAGAGAGGAACGGCUUUAAGACUCGCUACCCCAGUGUGGAGUACAACCUGGUCCAUGAGCUCCGACCCGAGGAGCUGCCGCUGUGUAAGGAGGAGGAGCGGGAUGAGCCACCGGUGAAAUGUGAAAUGCUGGAUGAGUCGGACUCAGAGGAAGGAUACAGGAAGAGACUGAACAGUGAUGCAUCAGAAAAGAAACAAGUGGAGGACUCACCAGGCUGCAGCGAAGCAAAGUAUCAGUCGUCCUGUGAUUUGAACUGUCACGCAGCAAGUGAUCUCCAGUACCAGUCGACCAGUGACGUCAAAUAUCAGUCGACCAGUGACGUCAAGUACAAUUCGACCUGCGAUGUUGAAUACCAGAGUUCCGGUGACAGCAGGUACCAGUGUACCCCUGACACCAAAUACCAGUCCGUCUACGUCAUGUCGGACCAGAAAGAUGAAUGUAUCAUCGCUACAGAGGUAUGAUACCAGUCCAGACCAGACCAGCCGGGACCAGUUUCCUCUGGCGGAUGGCGGUCCACACACACACCAGCCCUGAGCAGUAGAGCUCAGCUAGUCUCCAGGAGGUUUUACUCCUGCUGUUUGCUGCUGUUCCCUGGGAUUUACCGGAGGACUUUGAGCCAAGGUGCUACUGAGCCAGAGCGGAGUCAGUACCGAAUUGGCCAGGACUUAGUACUACAGUAGUACUACGGGUGAAUGCUAGACGUUUUCGACCUUCGAUGAAUGGAGGCCUGACGCUGACUCAGUGCCACGGAUGAAGGCGGCACUCGCACUGGUACAAACUUUGUACAGAAACAGUGCUGAAUGAGUACUCACGCAGUCAGAUGGUGACUGAAGAUUUACUGCUCGUACCAGGACGAACUCCUCUGGAAUAUUGACUUGGAUGUUGACAAAUGAUAUUGUAGUACCAUGGAGUACUGAUUGAAUGAACAGUAUAGUACCUUUGGAGUACUGAAAACUUUUGAAGUACUGUUGUAGUACUGUUAUGUGCUGUGGUUUUACAAUGCAGUGUAAAAGCUGUCGUGGAUAUUGGACAGUUCAUGUUCUGGGCAGUGCUGCAGAGUAAAAGAUGAACAGUGGUAGUCCCCGCACUCCAGCUGCUGUCGUAGUCUAUUUUUACGAAUUAACAAAAAAAAAAAAUCUCAAUGGGAGCUCUCUGGACAAAACAAAACAAAACAAUAUUAACAGCAGCUGCACAUCUGAAACUCUGCAGCACUGACAGAGAUAGCAUCGGCUGAGCUGGCUCUCAGCAGAAAGUAGAGAACUGAAGACUCCAGUAGUGACUGCAGAUCGAUCCAACAUGGAUCCUGUUGGGCCAUACUGGCCCCCUGACCCCUGAAGGUUGUGAUACACAGGGCAAUGUUUCGGGCAGGGCAACUUGGGAAACACAACAGUCGACAUAAGAGACAGGAAGAAACAGAGAAACAAACCUGAUUGAGGUUUAAUGAUCCAAUUACAUACAUUUUCUUUGCUUGGGUUUACUACUUUAAAAUGACCUAAAAUGUUUCUUAGACCUAAAUUAACCUCUGAUGAUGCUGUUGUGUUUCCAGGUCAGCUGAGCUAUAAAUUACUAGUCUUAACUGCCAAGACCUCAUUGCACUAUGGAGGUGCGAGUGUGUGUGUGUGUGUGUGUGUGUGUGUGUGUGUGUGUAUUUGUAUGUAUGCGUGCGUGCAUGUGUGCGUGUGUGUGUGUGUACAGAAGAGGCCUGUGUGUGGUGUCAAGUGUAUGCACUGCCCACUCCCGCUCCCCUCACUCCCAGUCUUCCACUAUUAGCCAAUUGAAGGACACCCGUCACCCCGCCGGCCCGUUGGUUAGGAUCAGUUGUUUUUUUUUGUUUUUUUUUACGUGUUAUCUAAAGAAAGAUGUAUUCUUUUUAAUUUAAUUAUGUAAUUAUUUGUGUUCCAUUCUGUUGUGAUUCUUUUUUGUCAUUGAAACCUUUUAUAAUUUAAGUUGAAUUUGUUUUUUAUUUGGCAGAUAACGUAUGUAUGUAAGUAUGUAUGUAUGCAUGUAUGUGUUAGGCACUUGAGACCCCUGUGACUGUGUUGUAUUUAAGAGAGAAGUCGUAUGUACAGAGCCUGUCAUUUUUAUUACUGGAAAACAGCGCAAUAUUUUUCCAAAAUAAAAGAGGAAUGAAA